GCUGUUGUCUAAGCCUCACUGAAACCUACCAUAUCCAUAUAUAAACUCUCACGAAGUCUUUCAGCUCAACUUAGUUCUUCAUUUUAGCCUCGUUUUUCUUCAUUUGGUCGGUAUUAGCAAUUCUUAAGCAAAAUAGAGCAGGGCAAGAUCUGAAUUCUGAGCCAUUUAGUCUGCAAUAUAAAAAUCUACCUAAGAAAGUGGUGUAAUAUAUUAGUGGCAAAAAGUUGUAACACCAGAUGGUUUUUGUCUGCCACUUAGUGGGGUUGAGUAGUUUCUGAGUUGGUUUUAAAGAAAUAAAUUGGUCGCUGUUAUAACUCAGAGAGUUGUUUCUUUUCCUCUAAGCGAUGUGUAUUAUCGCCCACUUGGAGCACGCUGCGAUUAAAUUUAUGAAAGAAAACCUAAGAUUUUAAGUUUACGGACAACAUAUAUUUACUUUGCUAAAAGAGUGGCUAACCGUAGCGGUUAAUAAGAUGUUGUUGUUCCGGCAGAGCUCCGGCCGUGUGAAGGAUGGAGGCAGAGCAGAGCGGGGCGCAGCCGCCGAGCGGGCGCCUCCCCGACAGCCGCCGCCUGCAGCGCUUCCUGUGCUUCGGCUCCGAGGGCGCCGCCUACCACGCCAAGGAGCACAAGCUGGGCUUUCAAAACGCGGAGGCUCUGCUAAGGCUGAUUGAAGAAGGCAGGGGCUGCGAAGUUGUUGAAGAAAUCAAAGCGUUUAGUCAAGAGGGCAGAGCAGCAAAACAGGAGCCCCUGCUCUUUGCCCUCGCAGUUUGCUCGCAGUGUUCUGAUGCCAAAACAAAACAAGCGGCGUUUAAAGCUGUCCCCGAGGUGUGUUGCAUACCAACCCAUCUCUUUACUUUCAUCCAGUUUAAAAAAGAUCUGAAGGAGGGCAUGAAAUGUGGCAUGUGGGGCCGUGCUCUGAGGAAAGCUGUUGCAGAUUGGUACAAUGGAAAGAAUGGCAUGGCUCUUGCUUUAGCAGUUACAAAAUAUAAGCAAAGAAGUGGUUGGUCUCAUAAAGAUCUUCUGAGGUUGUCCCACCUAAAACCUGCCAGUGAAGGAAUUGCUAUAGUCACUAAGUAUAUUACCAAGGGGUGGAAAGAUGUCCAAGAAGCUUAUAAAGAGAAAGCAGUUUCAGCUGAGACUGAAAAACUCUUGAAGUACCUGGAGGCUGUGGAGAAAGUAAAACGCACGAAAGAUGAGUUGGAAGUUAUUCAUUUGAUUGAGGAAUAUGGUCUAGUUAGAGAGCAUCUCCUGACAAACCAUCUGAAAUCUAGAGAGGUUUGGAAGGCAUUACUCAAGGAGAUGCCUAUUUCUGUAUUGUUGAGAAAUUUAGGAAAGCUGUCAGCAAAUUCAGUGCUUGAACCACGAGGUUCAGAAGUGGCAAUAGUAUGUGAAAAACUGAGAAAUGAGAAACUCCUAAAAAAGGGUAGAAUACAUCCCUUCCAUAUUCUGGUUGCAUUAGAAACUUAUAAAGCUGGACAUGGAAACAGAGGGAAGCUUUGGUGGCGUCCUGAUGAAGAUAUUUUAGAAGCUUUAGAUGCCUCAUUUUACAAAGCUUUCAAGGCAGUGGAACCAACAGGAAAACGCUUUGUAAUUGCAGUUGAUGUUAGUGCAUCAAUGACACAAAAGGUUUUGGGCAGUGUGCUCAAUGCCAGCACAGUUGCAGCAGUAAUGUGUAUGGUUGUAGCACGGACUGAGAAGGAUUCCCAAAUUGUUGCCUUUUCACAUGAAAUGGUCCCUUGUCCAGUGACAGCUGACAUGACCUUACCUCAAGUUUUAGUGAAAAUGUAUGAAAUUCCAGUGGGUACCACUGAUUGUUCCCUUCCAAUGAUAUGGGCUCAAAAAACUCAGACAGCUGCUGAUGUCUUCAUUGUAUUUACUGAUAAUGAGACCUUUGCUGGGAAUACUCCUCCUGCAAUGGCCCUUGCAGAGUACAGAGAGAAAAUGGGUAUUCCUGCUAAGCUGGCUGUGUGUGGAAUGACCUCGCAUGGUUUCACGAUGGCGGACCCGGAUGACAGGGGAAUGUUGGAUAUCUGCGGCUUCGAUACGGGAGCUCUGGAUGUCAUUCGAAACUUCUCUUUGGAUUUCAUCUAAGCUGUUGAGGCAUCUGCUCUUCCCUGGGUCCAUUGCUGGCAGCAGACUUCACCCUGGGAAUUCCCAGCCAAAUACACUUUAUUAGCUUAUGGCAUACUGUAUACAUAUCAGAAUGUUACCAGAGAUGGUGGCACUUCAAGCAUUUCUGACUAGAGCUUCUCACUAAGGUGUUUGUAAGGUUAAACAGAACUUCAGUCUCAUGCAAAUCUAACAGAUUCAGAGAAACUCAGUGCUUGCCUCUCUGGUGUCAAACUGUCAGUAGCCAGUCAUCCCCCUGCCACUGGAGGUGGCAGCCACGUGUCACUGCUGUCACCCUGGAACUUGGCGCCAUGCAGCAGCACACUGUGCAUUUGGACACUCCUGGUAAUGGCUGGCAGUGCAGUCAUUCACCCUUCAGAGUCCUGCAGCACAGCUGGCAGCCCUGCUCCCUGCCCCUUCAGAAAGGCAUCUCCACUCCUCAGCCACCUUCCUUGUAUCCAGCCUGCUCAUUUUCCCAAGGCAGUUGGUUUCUUCCUAUAAACGCACUCAAAACUCUAGUUGGACUUAGUUCCCUGACCAGCCUGGGCUCUGUGUGAUCUGGAGCUCCAAAAAGCAUCAUCCCUUGUGUGAUAACCACAGUAGCUGUGCUCUGAGUUCUGUGGGCCAGCAACAGCCAGCCUGGGUCUGUCCCAGGACCCCCUGUUAUGAUGGGAUGAUGGCAGGACCACAGUGUACUUCACAAAUCCUUGGUUCCUGGGCUUCACUAAAGUCUUCCUGGCUCUCCUGGCCUGCACCACAUGAAUUACCCCAUCCCUGUUGUUCCACUGCCUUGAGGAGAAGGGUGGUUUUGCCUGGGCCCAAGGAAGACAGCACCACAGCAAACACUUUGUGUCAGCAUGCUGGACCCUGCUCUUGAUCUCCACCAGUGCUGGCGUUAGCCCAGACACCAGCUUGGCCACAUCCAGCUGCUCAGCAGGGUAAGUGAAGAGGGCCACAAAGUUAUCCAGCUCCUUUGGAGUUCCAUUGCUGCAGGUAUUCUUGCUGCAGCAGCACCUGCUGAGGACAUGCUGCCUUCAUCAGCCACAGGAGCUUGUACUGCAGGAUGGCCAGCUUCUUGUCCCCCAGGAGUUCAGCAGCAGCAGAGACCAGCAGUGCCAGGAAGCAGGUGGAUCACCUCCAGACUGCUGAGCACCACCUUGGAGUCAUUGAGGAGGGUGUAGAGGAAGCUGAGGAGCCCCAGAGGCAAGACUUUGGCCUCUCGGAUUGAGAAAGUCCCUUGCAAACAAUCCUGAAUGAAAAGGGGUCCAGGAGGGCUGGACAUUCUCAAGGAUCUUAAAAGAUGCAGACUGUCCUCAUGUGCUGAAAGAUGAGCCAGUGGGGAAGAAGACAGGUCUGGUUGAACAGGGAGCUUGUCACUGUAUCUCAGGUAAAAAAGACCUCUGGAAGAAGGGGCAGGAUGCUCUUGAGGACUACAAGGACAUUGUUAGGUUAUGCAGGAAGGUUAGAAAAGUGAAACUAGAAAUUAGUUUGGCCACUGCCAUAAUCGGUAACAAAACCUGUUUUUACAAAUACAUCAGCAACAAAAGGAGGGCCAAGAAGAGAAUCUCCAUCCUUUAUUGCAUGUGAGGGGAAGCAUUGCCACAAAGGAUGAGAAAAAGGCUGAGGUACUUGAUGCCUUCUUUGCCUCAGUCUUUAAUAGUCAGACCAGUUGUCCUUGGGAAGACAGAGACAAGGAACAAAAUGAAGUCCCUGUAAUUCAGGAGGAAACAGUGACUAUUGCUCUACUUAAAUGUUCAAAGGUCCAUGGAGUCAGGUGGAAUCCACCCAAGCCUCUCUCCACCAUUUGCCAUCAAUCCUGGCUGACCAGGGAGGUCUCAAGACGACUGGAGGUUGGUCAGUGUGGCACCCAUGGAGCAGAAGGGCUGGAAGGAGGAUCCAGAAAACCACAGGCCUGUCAGUCUGACCUGGUGCCAGGGAAGGUUGUGAAACAGAUCAUCUUAAUCACCCAGCACAUUCAGGACAGCCAGGGAUCAGGCCCAGCCAGCAUGGCUGUAUGAAGGGCAGGUUCUGCCUGAACAACCUGAUCUACAGUGAAUGGUGACCUCUCCAGUGGGUGAGGUAAAGGCUGUGGAUGCCAUCGACCUGGACUUCAGCAAAGCCUAGGACACUUUCUCACAGCAUUCUCCUGGAGAAGCUAGGAGCCUGUGCUUGGACAGGUGCACUGUUUGCUGGCUGAAAUACUGGCUGGAUGGCUGGGCACAGAGAGUGGUGGUGACUGAGUCACAUCCUGCUGCUGGCUGGUCACCAGUGGUGCUCCUAAGGGCUCCCUGUUGGGGCCAGUCCUGUUCAGUAUCUUUAUGGGUGAUCUGGACAAGGGGAUCAAGGGCACCCUCAGUUAGUUUGCAGAUAACACCAGGCUGAGCCAAAGAGUUGAUCUGCUGGAGGGCAGGAAGGCUCUGCAGAGGGAUCUGGACAGGCUGGAUCCAUGGACUGGGGCCAGUUGAAUGGGGUUCAACGAGGCCAAGUGCUGGGUCCUGCCUUUGGGUCACAGCAAUCCCCUGUGAUGCUUCAGGUGGGGCAGAGUGGCUGGAAAACUGCCCAGUGAUGCUGGUCAAGAGUGAGUGAACUUGGCCAGCUGUGCCCAGGUGGGCAAGAAGGCCAAGGGCAUCCUGGCUUGGAUCAGGAAGAGUGGCAGCAGGACCAGGGAAUGACUUGUUCCUCUUGGCACUGGUGAGGCUGAACCUCAAAUCCUGUUUGCAGCCAAGCAUUGAACAGGCUGCCCAGGGAAGUGGUGGAAUCAUCAUCCAUGGAAGUGUUCCAAAACCAUGUGCAUCUGGUGCUUAGGGACAUGGCUCUGGCAGUGUUGGGUUCAUGGUUGGACUUGAGCUUAAGAGCUCUUUUCCAACCCUCAUGAUUUUGUGAUUCUUUAUUACCUUUUCUUGAAGGGAAAACAAGAAAAGCAGAUGAGGAAUCUCUUUUUUUUUUUUUUUCCUGCUGCACACAAUUUAAAAUAACAGUGAGAAGUUUGCUAAAAGAGCUUACAGGGUUACAUAGUAUAUAAUUUAAUUUCAUUUAUAGUAGACUAUAAAUAUGGAGAGAUUUUUAAUUUCCCCCAUUGCUGUGGAAUGGUUAUUUGUAAGAAUAAAUUCAUUAAUUACUUUUAGAAUGGGGCUGGAAACAAAUGGGCUUAGUAUUUUUAAUAAUGGCAGUUUACAAGCAACUUCAUUGAGAGGGACUUUUCGUUGGACUUUAAAAAAUAUUUGUAUUUUAAGUGUUACUAAUGUUGAGUGGUUUCCAUGGUUACAUUUAAAAUCUACUAAAGAAGUUUUUUCUGGUAUGUAUUGAGACCAUGUGACUGUGAUACAGUGUAAAAGUUACCCAGGGACAUUUUAUACUAGUAAAACUGAAAGUGCAAGAGCUCAUGCUAAUCUUUUUCUCUCUUGAUUAUCAUCUGGAUUUUCAGGAGGAAAUAUGCCUUUAGAUUAGUUGAGGGACAGUUUCUGCACAAUAUUGCUUCAGAAGCUCUAGUUUAGAAUUCAGACACUUUACAGGAAGUUCUAAAAACUGUUUUAAGUAGAAAAAGACCUUGGAAAUGACUGGGAUCUCACAUUCAGUCCUUGUCACAACUUCAAGAAGCAUCAGCACACCUUCAGUGAGCAAGAUUAACAAGUGCAUGUGUCUUGGCCUGCUCCCCAAAGCUGAGUGGGAAUACCAGAAACAAAAAGCUACAUUUUUUUUAUUUUUCAAAAGAAUGUAUUCAAUGGCUCAGAAACAAUCUUCCUAACAGGAGAGCAUUUCAUUUUUUAAAAUCUUUUUGUAGAUUAGUGUUACUUCUGAUUUAAUAAAUUAAUUCAAGCUAACAUAUUUCAAAACUACCUCCAGUUUAUAGUGACCAAUUCUUAAAAACUUUUAUGAACUGUACACUCGCCCUCCUUCAUGUUCACAAAAUCUGGUUUAGGAAGUGACUGAAACUGGAUUCUUUAUUUUUAGUUUUUUAUUUUUUGUCUGAUAGUAAGAAUGUGACAAAGAGAAAGCCAGUGAGUAUUCUACCACUUUGGAACAGAAAUUGAUAGUAAUUUGUGUGUAUAUGUAUUUAAUUCUGUGUUUUCUAUAUGUGUGUAUAGGGGGGAAGUUAAAAGAUCUCUUUAGUAGAUCAGUCUUACAAGAUUUGAAAGGUUUUUUAGUGAUGCUUUUAUGACUUCCUCUAAAACGUGUAUUUCAGCCUCUUUUAUGCUAAUUCAGACUGUUUUAAACAGUGAGUUUGAUGUUAAUUUGGAAAUGAUGAUGAUUUAUAAAAAUUUCGUGUUUACCCAUAGUGAUAAAUUACACAUAAGACCAUAUUUUCUGCCUAAAACCCAAGCUUUUAAAUGUAAAAUUGAAGUUCCUACUAUACUUUUAGUACUUGUAGCACUUUUCAUUAUGCCUCACUCCUAUUGAUUCUAAAUUCAAAGCUUGCAUUCUGUAGCUGGGAUAUCUCUUUUGGUGCUAAAAUAGGAUGUUACAUGUUACUGAAGGUAUUCUGCUACUUACUUACACCCUCCCUUAAUGCAUAAUCGAUCCAGUGAGGGAAGCCUUUCCUGGCACAAAGCAGGGCUUAAGGAGCUGCUGGGUAGAGUGCUGCCUUUCAGCCAACAUGAAUGUAAGUCACUCCUGAAUUCUCACUGCUCACAGAACAGCUCUGCCAGAAUGCUCGGAGACACAGGACUGCCACCAGCUCCUCAGGUGAGUUCUAGAACAAGCCAAGUGUUCCUACAAAAGCUAAGACAGCACUUUUGGGUUUGCAAAAAGAAAAACAGCCAUUUUUCGUGAAAAAUUGCAUUUCAUUUUUAGCAUCUAAACAAAACACCAUGAAUAUGGGGAGGAAACUCAUCUGCUCAGUACUUGUUAAUAAUUAAUUCAAGUAAUGCACUGAUGUUUUGGGGUUGGGUUUGGUAGUAAUGCAUUUUAAAUGACACAAUAAUCAAACAUCUGAUUAGGUGUUUCCUUCUAAGCUAGAGAUGUCAGAAAUAACUGAUAGAUAAGUAUCUUUUGCAAGUACUUUUUCUUAUUUGGAGUAGUAUUUGUGAAGUAAUAGGAAAUACUUUGGACUAAAUAUAAAAUGAAAACUUAAAACAGGCGUUUCAAGUAACUUUCAAGUAAAUUUAUUGCAAGUAAAAAUUAGAGUAGUUACUAACAGUUUGUAUGGUUAUAGUGGUGUUGGAUCUUUGGAAGCAGUCCAGUUUAAAAUGCAGUUCCUUGAACUAGAGUGUGGAAAUAAAGAUGAACUUUUCAGUAGGACUGAUAGAGAUUGUAGAUCCCUGUAUCUGUUGACAGUGGGUAGCUGUGACCAAUGAUAAAAGGUAGUCAUCCUUGCUAGGGCACAGAAUAUGCUCCUAAAGAUUUAUUGUAAUUCUGGAUAAAAAUCUUGUCAGGGGUCUGUGUGAUGUAAAACCAGCACUGAUGAGACCCUUCUGCCAUCUGAUCCUCCUUCAAGGCUUGCAUGGAGGGAAAAUGGAAGUAAAUGCUGUCAGCUGAAAUUUUACAGUGUGUGGUCCUUUGUUUCUGGGAGUUUCUGGUUUUGCCAUUCUCUUCUAGUAAAGGGCGUAGAAGAAUGAUGUUCUUGUCCAUAGACUGGAUCUUUUUUAUGUGCCCAUACACUGAAUUUUAGGGGACAGCAUGACUCAUUUGCCAUAAGAUGCAUUUGUCCUGUUUCUAGUCUUUAGUUAUUAAACUGGUAAUUUCCAGAGCAACAUCUAGAACAUGUAAACAGGCAAAAAUUACUGUAAUGCUUCAAAAAAGCUUAAGCUUUAGUUCAGUGUACAAGAAACAACCUACCCUUUCACCCAUAAGGAGACUGAAAUUAAUAGUGGUCUUUGCAUUGGAAGAACAUUGACUGGAGAAGCAGAAAAGGGGCUAUAAUUGUGCACUGCAGUUUACAUUGAGCAGGAACAAGUUUAAAGCUAGUUAAUUUUAUUCAAAAUACUGAAUUAAAUUCAAAACACUGUAUUAAUGAAGGUCUAAAUGCAGAGUGCAGCUGUUUCUGAUACCUAACAUGGUUUGAGUUUGCCAUUUCUCUGUGACCCCCUUGGCAAUUCUGGAGCAUUAAACUGUUGUGUCAAAGACUGUAACAUUCAGGCACUUUAGGAAGGAAGAAAAGCAUGUUGUGGCUGGAAGCACAGCAGAAAUUAAACAUUCUUCUGUAGGGAAUGAAGAUCAAAGGUCAGGUUUCUUCAUGGAUGGGACACAACGAUGUGGAGAGGGCAAGAGGCUCUUGAACUUUUAAAAAUAAUGCAGUGAGCACAUCAACAUUGUGUAAUAAACUGAAUAAUGACAAUAAUUUUGCCAAGAAAUAGAAUUUCAUGUCAGGAAUUUUAGACCUGGAACAGGGAGUAGGAGAGUUUGAGGUGCUUGUAGAAUUAGAUGGCAGUCCUGUGUGUUUCAAAAAAGAGAAGUCUAAAGGUAGGUGUAGUUCUGAGGUCAGCAGAGCCAGUCUAAAUGCUGACUGUGUGAAGGCUACUAAUAACUGCUAAUAACACUAAAAUACCUUGCUGCUUAAAACCACUGUUAAACCUGUUUGUUAAACAUAAGUUUUAAGGGGGUUUAUGUUGGUCUUUUACAUUGCUGUUGUUAACUGGUGCCCAUAAAUGGGUAUGGCUUUAAAAGGCUGUUCAACAAAGUACAUAUCCUUGGCUUAAAAACACACCAGCAGUUUGGGAAAUGUAUUUUAAUAAUGGCUCUGUCUGUAAAAACACUAUGAAAAUAUUUGUCUGCAUUGCAAAUUCUGCUUAACCCUGUCCUGGGCUCACAGGCACCAUAACAGAAGCUUUAGUUUUGGUUCAAAUUGUUUCUUCUUUUGCUGUACCCUUUUCUCUGUUAGUGUUGGGUUUUUUUAUCUUUUUCCAUCUUGUCACCUCAGGCCUAUACUUGAAUCUUUUUUCACAAGCUGUCAUCCAUUCCUUUUUUUUUUCACUUUUUGCCUCUGUUCUUCUGCCUUCUUGCUGUCAAUGAAUGUGCUCACUUAGCUCCCUGCACCAGAACUGAUGGCAUAGUAUUUAAGUUUUUAGUAGUUAAUUUUUUUUUUUCUGUUUGUAAUUACAUAAAUCUCUUACAAAACAUCUAAUUUGCUACACCUGACAGAUUUUUGGUAAAACUCUGUGUAGAAAUCAGUGGCAGAAGUAUACUUUAUUUAUACAAAAAUCCACCAUUUGCCUGUGAAUGGCUUGAUUUGAAAAAAGUAACCUCUUACAAUUGGCUUUUCAAAUGUAAAGCUUUUUUCUAGAAUUAGUUCAGUGAUUUGAAACUUUUCAUUCUUUUAAAUAGUAUCAAGCUGCUGUCAUGCAGAAUUAGGAAAACAUUUAAAUUAAUAUUCUGGAUAAACAGGCAGCUUCUUUGCAGUAUUGACAAGAAAGUCUGUGAACAAUAGGCUAUAGAAGUAAACUUAGGAGAAGAAUCAUUUGUCUGUCUUCUGCAUUUAAUCCUUUUCUUUAGUUUCUAUGAAAUUCAACCAGUUUCUAGGUUUAUUUGGCUGUCUGCAGUGGUUUUCAGUGCACAGAUAUGCUGUAAGCAGCUAUUCUAAUGACUUUCUUGCUGGAAUGGUAGAGAUUUCAUCUCACCAUGACACAGUGGAACAAGAGUUCUGGGGGAAAAGGUAAAACACUGACCAGGACAGUGUUUUAUGGAUAUGCUGCUGUGAGGGAAAUCAUAAAAGAUUAGCUAAUUUCAGCAGAAGGUAUGGUGUCUUUAAAUAUGUGUGCUUACAUAUCUGGAUUUAUGAUUUUGAUAUUGCAAAGUGUGGUUUCUUUAGGUAUUUCUGCAUUCUGAAUUUAAGUUUAAAUAUAUAUAUAUAUAUUUGCAUAUAUAUGUGGUAUGUUGAGAACUUUUGCAAACGCUUCAUUAACAAAUAAUGAAUAGAACUAGCUGUUUUCCUAAUGUUACCAGCUUAAGAGUUAAGCACAACUAGUUACAAAUAAAAUGUCUUUUCAUUCUCCUGUAAAAGUGCAGUUCUACUCUUUAAAAAUAAUUCUGUAUUUAAAAAGCAGCACAUAUUCACAGCUCUGUGUGCUUCAUUCAAAAACUCAGUGUUUGUUUCCAGCUUCUGCUUCUUAGAAGCAUGGGAUUUAAGAUGGAUGAGCAGGUAUCCAGAUUUUCUAGUGGAUAAAUUUUAAUAUUUAGAUCCCAGGACAAGCAUAUUUUAAGAUAAACAGCUUUGUCCUGGAGACAAUGUGGGGGGAAAAAAAAAGGAAAUUUUUAAUGACUAUUCUUGAGGUUCUUCAUUUUGGUGGUUUUUUGGGUUUUUUUUCCCCUAGAUUAAAACCACACUAACUGCCAUAUUGUGUUUAAUUAACUUAAGCAUAACAUGGCUUUGUGCCAUCCAGUAACAAAGGCACUGUCUUGCUGCUACUUUCUGUGAAAUUGUACACAGUGACAAAAAUGUUUGGGUGGGAAGCCUUAAUAUGGUUUAAAAGAAACAUAAUUAACCCUUUGGGUGCCUUAAGCUAGAUCCUAUUUAAUGAUGGGGCACUCACUUGCAUCUGCUGGCACACAGCUUGUUUCAGCAGCUGCAAGAGAAUUUGUCUUAAGUGACAAUGCCCUGGGAUUUCCAGAACUUGGAACUCAAAGGGGUAUUUUAGACUACUGGUUAAAAAAACAAGCCUCUAAACAGGGAACAAAAUGAAAAGGUCUUUGAAAAAGCCCUUUUCAUACUAUUGUUAUUAUUUUUAAGUGAUGGGUUUAUCAGCUUUGGGGACAAAAUUAUUGUUAAGCUUCUGGUAAAAACAUCACUGGCUAAAGAAUACACAGAGAAAAACAAUACUUAGUAUUCUUAUAUGACUGUAUGUGCAAAAUAAAUUGCUUUAUUAAGUAUAAAUUCAGAGAGAUGCACAUUGUGUGUUUAUCUUGAUGACUGUGUUCUAGCACCAUACAGUAAACUGCAAUAAUUAAAAUGAAACAAGGUCAGUGUGUUGAAUUAGCUGAUUACAUGUUAAAGAUGCACAAUGCAGGCAACUGUAUACUAAAGACUUUCUACAAAGGAUGCAGUUUAAACUUAGUUCAAACCUGCAUCACAAAAACGAAGCUGUCAAGUUUAAAUGAUACUCUUGCCAUCCUAGUUAGCUGGAAUUAAAGAUUGAUGUUUUUUUCCUGUGAGGGGAAAAAGUAGUUUAGGUACAUGCAAUGCUGAAAGCAAUGGAAAUAACAGGAGUCUUAAUUCACAAAAAAGUGAGUAAAAAUUUAAUUGACUAAUGAUUUUAUUCUAAUAUGUGCACCUUUAGUUGUGUAAUGGUCCCUUUAAGUGAAGAAUGGGAUAUCAUUUUCUACUUGCAUAUGAACUUCUUUGAAAUAACCAAGAGUCUUGGCAUUGCCUGGUCUGGCUUUGGAUGUACAUUGUACUGAAACUAUGGAAUUUUAGUAAUUUCUUUUAGACAUGUAACUGAAAGUUAAAAUGGCUAGUAAACUGCAUUCUGACUGUAGAAUUUAAGUACUAAAUAAACUCUAUGCAUAUUAGACCUGC